AUGCGGAAAAUCGUGUCGAACAUAAAUUCACCCCUUUCAAACAUUUCCCGCUUGUUAGUGAAGGAUUUAAAGAAAUUCGGUUCCUUCGAUGGUUACUCUGUAAAAAAUUCAUUGGAUUUUAUAGAAAAAGUGCGUGACAUUGAAAUUGAAAAAGAUGAAAUAAUGAUUUCCUUUGAUGUUGAAGCCCUUUUUUCGUCGAUUCCUGUCGAUACGGCCAUUGAAGCAAUUCAAAACCACUUAAAUAAAUUCAGUUUACCUGAAGACAAGUUCAAUGCAUACAUAAAUGCGAUUAAAAUCUGUAUGAAGCACAAUUUCUUUCAAUUUCGCGGCGUUUACUACAACAACAACUUCGGCUGUAGCAUGGGUAACAGUCUAUCACCAUAUGUAGCAGAAGCUUUUAUGUGCGAUUUCGAAUCGCAACUCAAAAGUGAAGGUGUUUUGCCACGAAUUUGGCUUAGAUAUGUAGACGAUACUUUCGCCAUAGUGAAAAUAUCCGACAUAGAAAAAAUACUCGGAACACUCAACAGCCGCUAUCCGAGUAUCAAAUUCACUUUUGAAAAGGAAGACGAGAAAACAAGUUCUCUACCUUUUCUUGAUAUUCUUAUUAAGCGACAAGGAAAGAAAAUUGAAUUUGGCGUUUAUCGGAAGUCAACAUCGACCGACCGAUACAUUACACACGACUCCUAUUGCACAUAUCAGCAAAAAUUGUCAUCAUUUAAUUCAAUGGUUUACUGCCUCUGCUCCUUGCCAUUGUCUGCACAAGACUAUAUGGAAGAAUAUAAACAAAUAAAACACAUAGCAGACAUAAAUGGCUUCAAGAGAUCACUUACCGAUCAGCUGAUAAGUAAACAAUCUAAUCGAAUAAGACGGAACAAGGAGAGCACGCUUUUCUUACAAAAUCGCACCGCAAGGUCGUCUCAACCACAGCGUGUUUCAUUACCCUAUUUUCCCGCCAUCACAAAUACAUUGAAGCACGCCUUCCAAAAAUGCAAUUUGCAAGUAGUUUACACCAACAAUAACAUACUGAGAAAUGCGCUUGGUUCCACCAAAGACAAAUUGCCGACGGAAGAACAGAGCGGAGUUUACGAAGUAACCUGUUCGCAUUGCAACUGCAAAUAUAUUGGGCAGACAAGGAGGUCGCUACGUGCACGAAGAUUAAAAAAGAUAGACAACGCUAUCGCCGCACAUGCAUUCGACCUCAACAACACUCGCCCACACAAUUCGAUAUCGAUGGAAGAAAAUGUUCGUUUAUUAAAAAACGUUAGGAAUCCAGCAAAAUUGGAUGCUUAUGAAUCGCUUUUUAUUUCCAUCAACAAUAAUUUAAUGAACCUAGAACCUGGCGCAAUUAAUUCUCCACUAUUUAGCUGUGUAAGAAAGUAA